CAAAGAGAAAGAGCAGAUCUUUCAGUAAACAUGGUCUCAUUGUGGCAGGAGGCACGCUUUUUUUUUCUAUAAAACCCCCCCAGAAAAACUAGUACGAUGCACUUUAGAUCUGGAUCGCCACACCUACUCCUGUUAGUAAAGCAUCAAAUGUCUUUAUGAAGUCAGUGUCAUCAUGACUCUGUUAUGGAUCACAGUCUUUAUUCUUCAUCAAGGCUAUGCCUUAGUUCCUGUGGUCACUGUUCCGCUUGGCGAACCUGUAACUUUUACCUGUGCGGCUAUGAAGAAAUUCACAUCCAGAACAUGGAUUCACUGGUACAAGCAGAAUUCUGGAGAUACUCUGAUAAUUAUUGCAAUGCAGAGAAACAAAGUAGAUCACACUUAUAGCCCAGAAUUUCCUUCUUCAAGAUUCAAAGUUACAAAUGAUGAUAAAAUAGGCAACCUCACAAUUCUGAGGACAGUUGAACAAGACGAGGGAAUGUAUCACUGUGCUAUUAUGGACUGGACAGAGUCUACUUGGAUGGGGACGUAUUUGAUAGUAAAAGGAAACUCAAAGAAGACAUCCAGCUACACUGUUGUUCAGCAGUCAACAGCCUCAGAAUUGUCCCGUCCAGAAGACUCAGAGACUCUGCAGUGUUCAGUUCUCUCUGAGUCAGAGAACAAUUCAUGUUCAGAAGAUUUCAGCAUUUUCUGGUUCAAAGCUGGAUCCAACAGAUCCUAUCCAAAUAUCAUCUACACUGAUAGUAAAAGAGCUGAUAACUGUGAGAAAAUUCCAGACGCCCAAACAAAAUGUACCUAUAACUUCCCCAAGAACAUCAGCUCCUCUGAUCCUGGGACUUACUACUGUGCUGUGGCUACAUGUGGAGAAAUCUUAUUUGGAAAUGUCAUCAAAGAGCAAGGAGGUAAUAUACACACAUUGAGAAAUAUGCACAAUAAUAAGUGA